AUGGCAACGUCUCCUGCAUACGCCUCUAGUUUCUUUCCCCUGAUUUCCCCCAAUGCCUCCACCUCCGUCUAUCAAGUCGCUAUCCACCCUUAUUUUAAACCCACGAAACCCCGACCCCAAAAAUCUUUCUCGAUUCUCUGCUCCCAUCGUCUGGACUACAUCCCAAACCAUAUUCAAGACCCUAACCAUGUUCGCAUUUUUGAUACAACUCUUAGGGAUGGUGAACAGGCCCCGGGUGCCUCUAUGACCUCUAAGCAAAAGCUCCAUAUUGCCCACCACUUGGCCAAACUAGGUGUUGACAUCAUCGAAGUGGGGUUCCCUGCUUCCAAUAAAGUUGAUCUUGAAAGCGUCAAGUUAAUUGCACAUGAGGUUGGAAACACAAUUGUUGAUGGCGGUCAUAUCCCAGUGAUUUGUGGCCUUGCGAGAUGCAGUAAGAAAGACAUUGAUAAGGCAUGGGAGGCCUUGAAGUAUGCCAAAUUCCCAAGGAUACAUAUUUUUAUAGCGACGAGUGAGAUACAUAUGAAGUAUAAGUUAAAGAUGUCGAAAGAAGAAGUAAUUGAAAAGGCGAGGACUAUGGUAACAUAUGCCCGAAGUUUGGGUUGUAAUGAUGUACAAUUUAGCCCAGAAGAUGCAGGAAGAUCAGAGAGAGAAUUUCUAUAUGAGAUCCUGGGGGAGGCCAUUAAAGCCGGUGCCACCACUCUUUGCAUUCCUGAUACCGUUGGCGCUAAUUGGCCUCGUGAGUUUGGGCACCUCAUUGCUGACAUACGAGCCAACACCCCUAACAUCCACAAUGUCAUCAUUUCAACUCAUUGCCAUAAUGAUCUCGGAUUGGCCACUGCAAAUACUUUAGAGGGGGCUUAUUCAGGUGCAAGACAAGUAGAAGUAACAAUAAAUGGAAUCGGAGAAAGAGCUGGUAAUGCUUCUUUGGAAGAGGUGGUAAUGACUAUAAAAUGCAAAGGAGAGGCAAUGGGUGGUCUGUACACCAACAUCAAUACAAGACAUAUCGUCAUGGCUAGCAAGAUGGUGGAAGAGUACACCGGAAUGAAUUUGCAACCUCACAAGGCUAUUGUUGGUGCUAAUGCUUUUGCUCAUGAAAGUGGAAUUCAUCAGGACGGAAUGCUAAAGAAUAAGAACACAUAUGAAAUUAUGUCUCCUGAAGAUAUCGGACUUCUUCGAGCUAAUGAAUAUGGACUUACACUUGGAAAACUUAGUGGACGCCACGCUUUGAAAGCUAAACUGUAUGAGCUCGGUUACAACUUUGAAGGAGCAAAACUUAAUGAUCUCUUUUGGCGCUUUAAAUCGAUAGCUGAGAUGAAAAAGAUUGUCACUGAUGAUGAUCUAUUGGAGUUGGUGUGA